AUAGUGGACGCUUAAGUGCUAAUCGAGUAAAACGAAUUUGACUUGAAAAAUUACAAAUAAAGGUGUCAAAAUGGCAUCGAAAAAUGCAAAAUUUGGAAUAAUAACUGUAGCACUAUUGUGCAUGUCUAUAAGCUGCGACGCAAUAAGAUGCUACCAAUGUAGUUCAGAUACAGACCCAGAAGACCAGGACAUAUGCGGAUCAUACAACAAAUUUGAUACUGAAAGAAACAUUGCUAUUGAAUGCAACAGUGAAGAAUCUCACAUGCCAGGUUCAUUUUGUGUGAAAAUUACACAACAAAGUCCACGUGGUUUCAUUUGGGAUGGAAGAUGGCGACAAGUAAUUCGAAGAUGCGCUUCUGUCGCUAGUACUGGAGUUACUGGUGUCUGCAAUUGGGGCGUAUACGAAAAUGGUGUUUAUUGGGAAGAGUGUUAUUGUUCAGAAGAUUCUUGCAACGGAGCUUCGAGUUUUGGUGGGAUUUCUAUUUUAUACACAUCGGUCCUAGCAAUUAUUCCCCUAUUUUUAUUUGCACGAUAAAAAUCUGAAUUCACCCAAAAAGAAUUUUUUUACACAAAAAAAGCAGUACCGCAUCAUUAUUAAACAAUUACACGUUGCUACCUUUUUACAAGAAGAGUAAUAAUUGAUCUAGGACGUGCAAAAAUUUCACCGAAAAAUCAACAAAGGGUACAAAUCUAUUCCGGCCAGCUUAGUAUUUUUAAGGAAAAAAAUCUAUUCCGUCCAGCUUAGUAUUUAUAUUGUCCCCAUUUACAAUGUGUGUGAUGAUGAAUUUCGAAAGUGGAGAUGACGAGUCGAAUUUUAAUUUCUUUUUACUCAUGAUAGUAAAUAUUUUGUUUUGAGAUUUAAAAAGUCUCGAGUGAAUCUCAAAUGUACAUAGUAUCUAUUUAGAUUAUAUUAUUAUAUUCACUGAACAAAUCGACUGCUUAAGAAAUCAAUUUUUAGGAAAUACAAACUGCCACUUAGAAUGAUGCAUUUGUGUAAUUAAGCCGUGUACGCAUUCCAAUUAUUACUAUAUAUUUAUAGCUUCCAAGACUACAAUUUUGUAGUAAGUAAAAGUAUCGGGCAUCAAAUUACAAAUAACAAUGCCUUUUACUGUUUUUGUCAGUAAAUGUGGAUUUAGUAUAAUGUCCAAAUCGAUCUAAAUAUUUAAAAUGUAUGUACAUAUUAUAGAUAUGCAACAUUUGUCAAUAUUAUAAGUUCAAUUUAUUAUGUUACGAAGAGCAGUUUAUGUAUCGCAGUUAAUCUCAUUAUUCGAGAAGACAUGUUUUUCCGUUAAAGAAAAUCUAUUCAAUAAAGUUAUCAGUAAAAGUCAA